AUGAGCAGCCUUACUGAUGAAGAUCUGGACCACUAUUUACAAAAUCAGGUGGAUCUCAGGCAUCGGCAGGUGGCAAAGUCGGUAGAAGAUGUCCAGAAAAUAAUAAAAGAUCUCACAGCUGAGGUCAGCUCAAAGGAUGCCCGUUUCCAGUCCAUUGCAAACUCUGGUGUCCACAAUACCAGCCUUAAAGAUCAGCCGGCUUUAGUGUCCAAAUGGGCUGCGUUGCUGCGGGGACGAUGUGCAUACAACCCUGCCCUCCAAGUGCUCACACCAACCCUGUACCUGAUCUCAGUGCCUCUGCGGGGCUUGAUGGGCUAUAAGCAGAGGCGAGCACGACAGUGGCGUUACUAUACAUUGAGCGGGUCUCGUCUUCUCUCACCUGUCCGUGAACCAGAAAAGGUUUAUCAGUGGUUGGAACUGGAGAGUUUUGUCAACCCUAGUCAGGAGUGGCACGACGCCAACAUGAUAAUUGAAGGUGAUAUUGUGCCAGCCAAGGUGGUGAAUGUCUUCAAAGAGCAUCUAGAAACGUCCAUAAAGACUUGUGGACUAGCAAAUAAAGUGAGCAUGCUGGAGUCCGUUGGGUCAGUGGUGCGUGUUGCCGUGGAAACAUCAGAGGCACAAAUUGAGGUGGAACUGGUUCCUACAGUGGAGCUUAUGAACUACUGGCCAAAGAGGGCUCGAUGGCCCCGCCUCUUUCGGAGAUGGCCCUCUGCAGAACGUGCUCGCUGCAUCAAGUCUUUUGGAUUCAAUCUAAUGGCCACAUCAAACUACCACUGGCUGCAGUCAUUCUCUCGGGCGGAGCAGGUGCUGAUGAGUAAUAUAGAUGAGGACGGCGGCUGCCGCAGGAAAUGCUAUCGGGUGGUCAGACAGCUUAAGGAAGACGUAUGGUGUCCUGGAAGCAAACCUGUCAUCACUGCCUACCACCUACAAACACUGCUGUUCUGGACAUGUGAGAAGUACCCUUGCACCAGGGACUGGAGGGAUUUCAGUGGAUGUGUACUGCGGCUGGUGCACAAGCUCUAUAAAUGUGUUAGCCAGCACUAUCUCCGACAUUACUUUGUACGAUCCCACAACGUUCUGAAAUACAGCAACAGGAAUGAGCUUGAUGAUGUGGCAAAGAAGAUCAAUAGUUUUCUGGACAGCCCAGGCGCAUACGUUCACUAG